AUGCACCUGGCGGAUCGGAGCGGCUACCGGAGGACGUGCGCCGCCGCGUUGGCUCGGCGCGUCUGCCGGACGGUGGCGCGUCUCCUCCUGCGCUCUGUCGCCGAAGGGCUGCCGAACUGCACGACCACGUGCGGCGACGUGCUGGUGCCGUACCCCUUCGGCCUGGGCCCGCCGCGCUGCUCCUGGCCGGGCUUCAACCUCACCUGCGCCGACGACACCGCCAGCCGCCCCGGCGCGCCGCCGCGGCUGCUCCUCGGCGACGGCACCCUCGAGGUCGUGGACGUCUCCCUCCGGAACACCGCCGUCCGCGUGGUUCGCCGCGGCGCCGUCGCCAACGUCACCUCCGGCCGGAACGUCACGUUCGGGCGCAGCUUCACGGGCGGCUACAGCGGCUACACGCUGUCGGACCGCAACGAGCUCGUCCUCUCCGGCUGCAACGUGGUGGCGGUGCUGGUCGGGGACCUCGACGAGUACUCCAACAUCAUCAGCGGCUGCGCCUCCUUGUGCUCCUCCGACGACGGCACCAGCAAGGGCGACAUCAGGCAGCCGGCCGGCAAGUUCUGCUCCGGCCUGGGCUGCUGCCAGGCGCCCGUCACCAUGAACUACAGCAGGCCCGAGGGCGUGCAGGUCAGCUGGCUCCGGGGCGGCGACGACCGCCGGCAGGACCUCCUCCGGCUGGAGCCCUUCGUGCUCGUCGCCGAGAAGGGGUGGUUCGACCAGAGCCCGGUGGCCGACCAGCUGGUGGGGCCCCCAGGCGGGAGCCAGAGGCCGGACGCCGCCGCGAUUGAGGUCCCCCUCGUCCUGCAGUGGACGGUCACCAACGUAGCCCCGCCCGACGACAGGUACCCCGGGCCGGCGUGCUCGCCGGCGGUGGCCCAGAGGCUCUGCAGGAGCGCCAACAGCGAGUGCACGACCAACGGCAACGGCGACUACUCGUGCCAGUGCCGAGAGGGCUACGACGGCAACCCUUACCUCGACGGCGGAUGCCAAGAUAUCAACGAGUGCAAGCUGCCGCCGGAGGUCAAUGGCUGCUUCGGCGACUGCUCCAACACGGAGGGACGGUUCGUCUGCCGGUGCCCGCCACGAACCAAUGGCGACCACACUCAGAAAGGUGGCUGCGCCCCGGCUGCUUUGACAGCAAUAUACCUUCACACACUUUCAGGUUUCAGCGCUGGUAUAGGUCUUGGUAGCGGGGCAGGCCUUAUACUUUUGCUUCUUGCUGCAAUAUUUGUUACCAAAAAGAUCAGACAUAGGAGGAUUAGAAAGUUGAAACAAAAAUUCUUCAGCCAAAAUCGUGGGCAGUUGUUGCAUCAGUUAGUAUCACAAAGGGCCGACAUUGCUGAAAGGAUGAUCAUCACGCUGGAUGAGCUCGAAAAGGCAACAAACAACUUUGACAAAUCUCGUGAGAUUGGUGGUGGAGGGCAUGGCACCGUGUACAAGGGGAUUCUAUCGGACCUACAAGUAGUAGCCAUCAAAAAGUCAAAAAUAACUGUCCAGAAAGAAAUCGACGAGUUCAUAAACGAGGUAGCAAUCCUCUCCCAGAUAAACCAUAGGAACAUAGUGAAACUUUUAGGGUGUUGCUUGGAAACUGAGGUCCCAUUAUUGGUUUAUGAGUUCAUUUCCAACGGAACUCUUUUUUACCAUCUUCAUGUCGAAGGGCCAACUUCUAUAACAUGGGACAGUAGAUUGAGGAUUGCCACUGAAACCGCAAAAGCUCUUGCAUAUCUUCACUGGUCAGUUUCAAUCCCUGUAAUACAUAGAGAUAUCAAGUCUAGCAACAUACUUCUUGAUGAUGCUAUGACAUCAAAGGUUUCAGACUUUGGAGCUUCAAGGUACGCUCCGGUGGAUUCCACAGGGUUAACCACAAAGGUGCAAGGAACUAUUGGAUAUCUGGACCCUUCGUACUUCUACACGGGCCGUCUUACUGAAAGAAGCGAUGUCUUUAGCUUCGGUGUCAUUCUUGUGGAGUUGCUCACCAGGAAGAAACCAUUUUCAUAUUUGACCUCCGAUGGUGAAGGCCUUGUUGCACAUUUUGUGAGCCUUCUUAGAGAGGGGAAUAUUUCCCAAAUAUUGGAUCCACAAAUUAUAGAGGAAGGUGGCAAAGAAGUCCAAGAAGUUUCCGUACUUGCAGCAUCAUGCAUAAAUUUAAGAGCUGAGGACCGACCUACAAUGCGAGAGGUGGAACAUGCACUCGAAGGUCUUCAAGUAUCCAAGAAGAAAGGAUCUAUGGUAAUGUCUUUCAAAAAAGGAUAUAUGGUAAGAGAUGAAUUCGAGGAUGAUGAUGGUGUUGCGAUGAAUUGACCGUUAUCCAAAGAAGUGCAAAGCAUCGGAGAAUGUAAUCAAUAUUCGAGCAGGGAGAUACAGCUUGGGAGGCAGCUUAGGAGCCAUGUGGUGAUUGGGAUGCAUUUCUUGGAAUAAUCUCAGCUCUGUUUGUUGUUGGUAUGCAUUUCAUACGGGCAUUAACAAAGUUUAGCCUUUGGCAUGCCCUCAGGCCGCUCUGCAUCAUUUUGGAUGUCCAGGAUUAAAUUUUGUCAUGCUCUUAUAUUCUCAAAUCUCAAGUCAUGUUCUUCUUCUCUUCACUAGUAUGCAUAUGCUCCUUUAUUUAGAUGUCAGAUUCAUGUAUGGAUGUAGUUCCUGUUGUAUGUUCCUUUUUGUUUUUAGACAACUAACAUGAUCACGAGUUAAUUGGCAUGCUUGAUCAUCUAGCAUGCUUAUAUA